UCUCUGAGUAUAUAUUUCUAUAUGCCACUAGCAAAUUGUUAGAAUGUGAAAUUAAAUCAUAUUAUUUACAGCGACAUAAAAUGUCAGAUACCCAAGAAUAAAUCUAGGCCAUGGAGUCAGCAGGAGCGUACGUCAGGCAGAAAAGGAAGCCGCAGAGGUUGCGGGCGUCUUGUGAGCCGCUGGGUGACGCCGACCCCUUUGAGGGCCUGCUGGCUGGCGUGGCCCAGAGGAGGGAGCUGGUAACAGAGCUCUUGGACCUGUUGGGACAACGGGAGAUGCAGGACUGGGUGGCAGUGGCUGGAGAUGAGGCCUUGGACAGUGAGCUCCGAGAAGGUGGUGAUGAAGAUGAUGCAGAAGAUGAAAACAGCAUUGAUAACAAAACUAGUUCAGGUGGACCAUCCGCGAAACAGCCAAAACCAUCAUCAGCAUAACAGUGGCUUUCAUGCAAUUUUAAAAAUUGCUACUCUACCCUUGUUGUUACUGACAUUUA